AUGGGGAACUCGAAUUCCAACCAAAAUGGCGUGGUGUCAGACAUUUUAAAUUCACAUCCCAUCAUCGUAUUUUCGGCCACGUAUUGCACCUAUUGUAAGAUCGCGAAAAGGGUUUUUGACGAAAUGGGCACGGAAUAUAAUGCCAUUGAAUUAAACUCCGAGCCAAAUGGCAAAGAGAUUAUGAAAGACCUUAGCACCAAUUACACCAAAGGACAAAGGACGGUUCCCCAAAUUUUCAUUUGUGGAAAAUGGAUCGGAGGAUGCAACGAGAUGAGGAGCCUCUACAAAACUGGUGCUUUGGAGACCAUGUUAAAGGAUUGCUGCCAAGGUGAUAUCACUUGCCGAAGAUCCAUGUAA